AAGGAGAAAUUCCCACUAACUUUCAAACUUGUGAGUAAAAUCAACAUGAGGUUUCUAAAUUUUCUUUUGGGUUUUAUUUGCCUCUUUGGGAUGUUAAGCGUUGCCCAUCUGUGUACGGUCAAACUCAAUUCUAUACAAGUUCAGGAGAAUUUUCAGUUUGACAACUUUACGGAGUCUGCCUGGAAUACGGUGAAAUACAAUAGAUUUCCCACCAUGGGAGGAAGGAAUAUCAUACCCACGGAUCAACAGUCUCUCUUUGGAUGGAAUGGGACUGAACCAAUUGUAACAAACACGGUGCGCCUUCCAAAGUCAAUGCGCUUUAUGUGUUAUUCAGAAACAGGCAAGGUCCAGUUUCUUGACAAUAAUCCUGCGAAGAUGUUCCUACAGUAUCGCAACAAGAGAACAAAAGAAACGCACGAGCAGACUCAGUGGGUGCUAUACACGGACUACAACAAUAUUGCUAUCCUGUAUUCUUGCGAGGCAAAGCCCAACGAGUUGGUUGACGGAAUAUGUCCAAAGGAUCACAGAUACCUUUGGGUUCUUGCCAAAAAGACAGCUUUAACGGAAGCAGAAGAUAAAUUGGCAAAAGACAUGGGAGCUGCCGUGUGUAUAACUGAGAAUCUGAACACUGUUGACCACUUAAAGCCUUGUAAGAAAUAACAGCGAAAGUGAAAAAGACGCACUCCCAAACAAUGCCAAGCUUUUUUAUGCUUUCCAUUUCAUGCUUCAUAAUGAUACCAUUUUGCUUUCCCUUCAUUAAGAAACGUCGGUCUCGGAGAAACAUUUUUCAAAGAAUGUGAUAUUGUCUUGGAAUGACAUUAAACGACUGUCGCUUUGCUAUUUAUUAUUAUACUAGGGAACAACGGUUGUUAGAAGGAUGUCAUCAUUUUUACAUGUGCCAAGUAUUAAUUCAUUUCAUUUUGAUAUUUCCUGUUUUCAUGAAUUUUUUUCUUUUUUUUUGCUUAAUUAAAAACAUAUAUUGUUAUAAAAUUUGUUUUAAUAAAAUCAAUUAUGGUU